UUGUUUGGGUAAAUAAAGUUUCGGUUUGAUUAGCUCGAAGUUAAACAUUAUGUUAACGAAAAGGUUGUAAAGCUAAAUAAAUCUGAAAAUGUCUUCCACUUUUCUUUUUCUUAUUGUUGUUUAUUUGUGUAUGCUCAUUAAUUUCAGCCAAACAGAAAAUUUUGAAGUUUUGUCGAGAACUGGAAGAAAUCUCUUAUCUCAGAUUAAGAAAUCAAACCAUACUCAUAAUGAAACAAAAGAAACAAAGAAUAUUCCUAGUUCUGUCAAGGAAGAAGAUUCCAUGGCUGGAACAGAAGCUGCGGUCCUCAUCAUCGUUGUCAUAGUCGUCCUUGCUGUCAUUGGUAUGGUUGUUUACUUCGUACGUAAAUUUGAUCAACUCAACAGAACACUACCAACUUAUAGGUACUCUUCAUUAAAAACAGAAAUUAAUGGAGUUUAUGGCCCAGAUGAUAAAACAGAGUCUCAAGCUUUAGUUAAUGUAUCUACGGAGGAAGAAGAUGAUUAUGAUGAUGAUGAAGAAGAAGAUGUUUCUCCGCCAACUUUGUUAGUGAGGUCUCAAACAGUUAUGUCCAAUAAAGCUGUAAAUGGCUCCAUACCUGUGCCCAUUGACAGAAGUUUAAUGUCAUCUGAAAUGACUGUGAGAUCCGAAGAUGCCACCAUUGAUUCUGAUGAUGAGCUUCUACAAUGAUGAAGUUUUUAUAUUUUGAAGUUCUGUUCUGGAAUUAGAAAUAUUUCUACAAAAUUAUAGGAGGAAUAUGUGCAUUAUUGAGUAUUUUGUAUUUCUGCCUUCAUUUCAAGAUAUGACAUAUUUACUGGAAGUAUUUAUAUCAAGUGAAAACUGUGUCAAGCUAUGUAAAUUCUGUAAGUUCUGCUGAAGACUAUUCAAAAUUCAUAUUUAAUAUUAUAUUCAGCUUCAGUUUUUUUCUAUAAGAAUGUUCUUUUAAAUUUUUAAUUUAAUCAAACUUUAAGCAUAUAGUAUAGUAUUAUUACAUUAUGAGCUUAAAAUGAAAAGACCAUAAAGUAAAUUAGCACGGAUGUCUUCUAUUCCAAAAUAGGGUUUGGAUUCUAAAAAUUUCCUUUCAUAUUUUAAAUUAUUAUAAAAUAAACAUUGCUUUUUUGCAGCCAGCAACACUAUUAGAGAAAUCGUUUGGUGGUUUUGCUGUGUGCAAAAUAUGUAAAAUUUUGCAUUCUAGGUUCUCCAUUUGUAAAAACAAAUAUAUUGAAAGACCAUUUUAAUUAUCUUGUGAUAUAUCUUAUAUGAUUGAUAUUACAUAUUCUUAUAUAUAAGAUCAAUCAUAUAAGAUACGUAACAUACCUUUUUGGGGUUUAUGUUCAUUAUAUCCAUUGUUAUAUGACUUUUCAUUAUUUCAAUAUGAUUAGCUAUGCCAUUAAAAUUAUCUCCCCUUUGAUAAAGUGAUAAUGUUUGUAUAAUAACAUUCAUUAAGUUACUAAAAAUUCCACAUUAUACAAAUUCAUGUUAAUAAAACUUAAACAAAAAAAUAGGCAUAGGCUGAAAUGAAGCAAAAUUAUGCUGUUUUCCUUUUUUAACUACCAGAAAUAUGGUUAUUAAAGAAAAAAGCAUUGGUAAUCAGUUAGAGAUACUGUGCAAUGUAUUCCUUUAAAUCAUCACCAUGAAAGCAUUCUUACGUAAAAGGAUUAUCUUUCAUGCUAAAUUCUAACAUCCUCUUAGUUUAUGCUUAAUUCUUUAUUAUCCAAUUUAGCUCUUUUUUAUCCAAAAAAUGGUUACUUGCUGUUCUUAAGAGAAUUUUCAUGGUAUGGAAUAGAGUAGUGAAGUUUUAUUUUGAUUUCUGUGCUUUUUUUUAAGAAUCUAUGUUCUGAAAAUAACACUACAGACUUUUUGAUUACAUUUAUGUUUUCUGAAUGCUUUCUAAGCUAAAAUUUUGAACUUUGUUUUCUUAGUCGCCCCCCCCCUUCCAGAAAAAAUACAUGAAUUUGUUUUUAUAGACAUACUGUAAUUAUUUUAGAUAAGUUUGCUGUAUGUGGAAUCAUUUAAUUAUUUUUGUAAUUAUACACUGGAAAUUAUCAUUUCGGACAUGCAGUAUUAGAAUGAUAAAUAAAAAAAAUAAAAUCGUUUUUAUUAAUACUUCAAACUGCAAUGCGAUUCCAGUAAAAUGAAACUUUCACAGAAAAGUCAUGUGUGAAAAAUGGAUCACAAUUAUUUUAUAAUUAUUACUUAUUGAAUAUUUUAUUAUAAUGUUAUAAUAAUUUUUAAGCAUAUUUCAAUUUGUUUGGAUAUCUUGUAGUUUUUCUUAUUGACAUAUAUUGGUUUAGAAUUAAAAUUAAAGGUAUUCUUGCAACAGGUGACAAACCACUGUCUGAUGACCUACUGUCCAUGAAGCAGGAUAGAAACUGAAGAAGCUGAUAACAUUAUUGUAUUAAACCACAUGAAAAGCAAUUUUACAUGAAAAAACAAAAAAAUAAAUACAAAGGAAUGAUUUAAACACGUUAAAAAAAGCAGCAAUCCUGUUUGUCAUCUGCAACUGAAGCAGUUCUAUUUCAUAUUUGUUUACUACUAUUAAUCAGAUAAGAAUUAAAGGUGAUAGCCAUCCAUAGUUUGCAUUCACACAAACAAUGUUCUGAUAUCUUUUGAUAUGGCCAAAAAUUUAGCUUGUGGUGUUGACAGAUCGCCACCACAAAUCAAUAAGGUGACAGGGCUAUGACUCCAUAGACAUUCUAUUGUCAUAGUGUUGGCACCAUAGCAAGAUCGACAAAAUUAUUUACUAUCAGGUGAGAUCAUGUGGUUCAUAUUCAUAACCAAAGGCAAAAUACUCAAUAGGUCACCUGUUGUGAGAAUACCAAAUUUUAUUCUAGAACACAUUUUUUUAUUCCAUAUUGUACGAGGGGUGAUCCAAAAAAAGUUUACAAGGCAAAUGAAAACGUAUUUAUUAACAAUAGAAACAAGAUACAAAUGGGAAUCAAGAGACACAUCUGGCCUUCACUUUUCCACAUAGUCUCCAAACCUGAUUAGGCAUUUGUCAGAACGUUUGACCAACUU